GUUACUACCACUCAGUUCUGACUGGGAUUUCCUUGACACAAGUCAAGGCAUUGUGUUGAAAGCUUCAUGAUGAACAUUGUAUUGGGAAAUUGUGUGGGCAGCUGUGACCAGUUGGCUGGUCCGCCGCCGGACUUUAUACUUUCGAUGCCGCCGCCUCCGCUGCCGUCCUUUCUGAUCUCGAAACCGGCGACGGUGGAUAUCCUGGUGCCCUCCAAUGAGUCGCAGCCCUGCUUCGCUGCCUUCAUGUGUGGCCAUGGAAUGCAGCACAACGAGAGCGGCAAUGCUUUGAUGGAAUUGGUCAGGAGCGAUUCAAAGAGUCUGGAGAACGUCUGGCUGUUCGUGUCGUCCUGCAUUGGCAUCUUCAUAUUUGGUUGCUUCCUGGCCCUAAUUGUGCUCAGAUGCAGAGACAGUUCCUUCUUUUCGUACCACGAUGCCAACAUCAAGCAGACGGCUAUUAAUGCCUUGGGUGAGGCCACCAAAUCGAAUGCCUUCACUUCCGGCGGAAUUCUGUAUCCCUGUGCCACGGCCAACAGUCGGGAUCUGCUGCAGAGCCAGUUGGUCAACGACAGCCGCCUCCUGUGGGCCACCCUGACGCCCCACGGCACCCGGCACUUCAUCAUCGAGAACUCGCAGGACGGACACUACGAGUCGGUCGACUAUCGCGGCAAGUCGCACAGCCAGGUGUUCCGGGGCUACGAGAAGCACUCGCAGUCAUUUGUCAAGAGCUUCGACAACAAUGGCUUCGUUGAUUACGACUACGAGGAUCCGACGCCGUUGAUGGACUCGUACCACGAUGACAUGGACUCGGGCUACCAGGAGCCGCACGAGGUGACUGGCUCCCUGAAGCGGUCUGCGAUGCGGACCCUGGACUCGUCGGCCAACGAUACCCCGAUGAGUGGCGGAUCGAACUACAAUGCCAACCAGAUCGCCAACUCCAAGUCGAUCAGCCGCAAGACGACGCUGUCCCGUCGCAUUAGCGACGCCUCCUCGCAGAACGGAACAUCCAUGUAAACGUAAUGUCAAUUGGGGAGGAUGAGGAGGAGGAGGAGGAACCCUCGAGUUGCGUCUUGUACAUUUCAAUUGGAGGUCAUGUCGUCCAUCAGAAAGAAGAGAGAAGCAAGGGGAAACUACAGAUUGUAUUAACUACACGCCGGUAUUUUAGACUAUUUUAAUAGGUGAUGCGAUGAUGUGUGGGUGUCGUUCUGAAGUUCGGGGAUCACAAGAGCAAUAAGUCCAUCGAGGAACCGCAGCUCAUGGCAGAACUAUAUGAUUAAUAAGGGAAUGAGUUCAUUGCAUUUUGGAUAUAACUGGCUAGAGUGCUGGACAGAUCGUUACCAGUUUCACUAUAUAGAGGACCCACGCACACGGAAUUACUUUUUAAGCCUACUAUGGAUGAUAUCCGCUAGUGUACUAUAUGCACACCUAAUACUCGCGUCGCUAACAAUUGCUUGUACACAUACGACUCUUUUAUAAAUAACUCAAAACUAUAUGUCAGAUAAUCCAACUAAUCGCGCAAUUCGAUUUCGCCGAUCGGAAAGGCCAACUACUGUAUCUGCAUACACCGACUUACCGACUUACCUUUGAGUCCUUGGGCGGAAUAUAGUAAGUGAAUCAAUAUCCUCGGGCGGAAUAAAUAAACAUGCAUACAUUUUUCGAAAAUACUCUGAACACGUCUCGCCUUCAGCGCUCGUUUAAUUGUAGACAUAAGAACAAUAAAUAAAAUUCUCAGUAGUACAUAAAAUCCUGCAACCGCAUUACCGAUUUCGCUCAAUUCCGGGGCCAAAUACUAUAUAGUAGACUAAUAAGAUAUAUUCUCUGAUGGUUGGCUUUCAAAAUUAGUGGGUAUAAUCAGGUGGUGGCUGUUUUUAUAUGUCUUUAGAUUUUGAAAGUGAAGUGAUAAACAUAAAAAAAGAAAUUAAAUUUUAAGG